AUGACUCAAACGUACUGCAUUCGUCUCCUGAUCUAUCCAGCAGGUGGAGCAAUCACCCCACCCUUGACUCCCUACGGGCUACGACAACCCAGAAUUCCCUACCGUCGUCGUCGUCUCCUCGAGCCACGGCUCGACCAGAUAUUUCCUCAGGCCGGGUUGGUGGAGAGACAGAUCGACGUCGGAAACGCCAGCUCGUGCUUUGCUGUCACUCUGCCGUUCAAGCAACAAGACGUCUCUCGGAAUCUUUUCGAACACGCUAUCGAUCAGGCUCGGAGGCGAUGGGCUUGGUUUACGACAUCUCGAGAGCUGGACGCCGGAAGGGGCACUGAGUUUGGGAGUCUGGGGUACCUUCUGGGGGAAAUACGCCAGCAGAUUUUCAAGGUGGUACUCGGGUGGUUCACGUCGUUGUCCUUACCUGACCUAACCGCUGCCGAUACCAACCCCUCUCCGGCUGGUGCGGCUAUCGUUACCAACGUUGGGACUUGA